GUAUCAUGAAACUUAGUGGAAAAGCCUUGUAUCUUGGUGGGGUCGUCGACCACGUCUUAUUUAUACGUUCGAAAACAGGACUUUUAACGAGAAACUGGAAAGUCUUAAACGCGGCAAAAUCUUAGAUCAUGCUAUGGAUUUGUUCAAGGACUCGUCAAAGCAGAAUUUAUCAUUAGGGAAUCACGGGGGAUCUUCCACUGAUCAUCCCAGUCCACAUGUCUCCAAAGGCAAACAGAUUGUACAAGUUUAUAGAGAACUGUACACACACUUUAUCUCAUUUCCAUUAGCCAUACACCCUGAGCUUAAAGAAAAGGUUGAGACUUUUCGGAAUUCUAUAUUGGGUGACAAUAAGGAUAAGAAACCUUUGAAGUUUCAGAGCACUUUGGAUGAAAUGGGAAUCGAGAACAGGAUGUUUAUUUCGCCAAAUAGUUUACACUUGACUGUGGUUAUGUUAAGGCUAGUAAACAAGGAAGCUGUGGAUGCAGCUCAGGAUAUCCUUAAGAGUAUUUCUGCGAGUGUGAUGUAUGCUUUGGAUAACCGUCCUGUCUUCAUACGACUUGAAGGAUUGAGUUCUAUGAAUGGAUCUUUAGAGAAAACCCGCGUGCUUUAUGCACCUGUUGAAGAAGUUGGGGAUGAAGGCCGGCUGCUAAGGGCUUGUCAUACUAUCAUUGAUGCAUUUGCAAAUGCUGGAUUUGCUGGGAGAGAUGCAAAGCUACACUUGAAGCUACAUGUCACGCUGAUGAAUACAACCUAUAGAAGGGAUGAAAGGAAAUCAAAUACAUUUGAUGCACGAGAGAUACACAAAGAGUUUGGGGGAAAAGAUUGGGGUGAAUAUCUAAUCAGAGAAGCUCAGAUCUCAAAGAGGUUUUGGUAUGACGCGGACGGCUACUUCCAUUGCUGUGGUUCACUACCUUUUCCACAUUAAGUGAAACUGAAAAGGAUCAAUAUCCACUCCACAGAUUCUUUGUCCGGACUCUGAUCAGGAGUGGUAAUGUCAAAUAUGUAAUACAUGUGUGUGUGUGUGUAUGUAUCCAACCACUCAUAGCAAUUGGUAACUGUGGCUUGUGACAUUAUGUUGUGAUUUACACAUCAUAUAUAAUGUGGUUUUCAAUAGUUGAAUAAAAAAACUUUAAUAUCUUACUGAUUAAUAAAAAAACUUCAGAUACUAUCAUUGAUGCAUUUGCAAAUGCUGGAUUUGCUGGGAGAGAUGCAAAGCUACACUUGAAGCUACAUGUCACGCUGAUGAAUACAACCUAUAGAAGGGAUGAAAGGAAAUCAAAUACAUUUGAUGCACGAGAGAUACACAAAGAGUUUGGGGGAAAAGAUUGGGGUGAAUAUCUAAUCAGAGAAGCUCAGAUCUCAAAGAGGUUUUGGUAUGAUGCGGACGGCUACUUCCAUUGCUGUGGUUCACUACCUUUUCCACAUUAAGUGAAACUGAAAAGGAUCAAUAUCCACUCCACAGAUUCUUUGUCCGGACUCUGAUCAGGAGUGGUAAUGUCAAAUAUGUAAUACAUGUGUGUGUGUGUGUAUGUAUCCAACCAAUCAUAGCAAUUGGUAACUGUGGCUUGUGACAUUAUGUUGUGAUUUACACAUCAUAUAUAAUGUGGUUUUCAAUAGUUGAAUAAAAAAACUUUAAUAUCUUA